GUUGAAAGCACAACACUGCCACCUACUGUGUGGGAGGUAAAUAUAGCCUUAAGAUUCUUCAAAAAAGAGCAGCGAAUCCGGAAGUGUGGCGUCUCCUAGCAACGGAGAUGCAAAAGAAACGCUGAAGGUCUCGCGCUGCUAAAUGGUGACACCAGAAAUUAUUGCAAAUUGAACGAUAACUUUUUAUAACUUUGGGGAAACAUUGCUUCCCAACAGCUCUCUGCCACUCAGGACCAGGAUAUAAAAGAAACAGAUGGAAGGUGGUGGGUGUGAUGGAGGUCUGCUGGAGGAUGAGAUAAACAGGCAGGAAGAGGUUCCUGAUGAAUUUACAGAGCCUCAGGAGCGGGAAUCGAUGGAGCAGUCAGACCAUUAUGACAGAGGCUCUGAUCAUGCUGGCACCAGUGGACUUGUAGCUGGGACUAGUGGACAGCACUCCCUCCAGCUGGAGAUCAGUGACAUUGAGGCAGAAGAGAGAGUCAGAGAGGAAGAUGAGGAAGAGGAAGAACUUGUAGUGCUGGAUCCUGAGCAUCCUUUAAUGAAAAGAUUCCAGUCUGCAUUGAAAAACAACCUCAGUAAUCAGCUGGAGAGAUUGAACCUUGAGCUCCUUGAGAAGAUAGUAGUGGAGAAGGGAGAGGCUCAGAAACGUCACAAACUUGCUGAAGAAGUAUACAUGGUGCAUGAGAUGUUGGCCAGACUCCAGGCAUCUCUGGAGGCAAGUCAUGAGGCCAAUGCACAGGCUGCUUCUCAGCAAAAACAGGCCCAAGACCAGCUGGAUGGGGUAAAAAAUCAGUACCGAGAUACUGCCAGUCAGGCCAACAAACAACGUAUGCAAGUCUCUGAUUUACAGUCUAAAGUGGACAGCCUGGCCCUGAAGUUGCUCUACAUGCAGGAGGCCAAUACUGACCUGCACUCAGACAUCAAAGCCAUAAUAAAUGCUUCACACAAAGCCCAGAAAGAGAGAACUCAGGCAGAGGAGCAUAAACACCAGCAGGAUCUUUAUGUUGAGCGUUUGACCAAGCAUGUGGAAAAGCUCUCAGAGCAGAUCUCUCUGUAUGAAGUUCAGAACAUCACUCAGACUGAGCAGACAAAGGCUGCAACGGAAGCUCUUUCUGAGGCGCAGCUAGAAUUGGACUCUGUGAUUGUUGAGCAUAGGCAGUUACUCCAGCAAUGGAACAGCAGCCUGUUAAUGAUGAGGAGGAGGGAUGAGGCUUACACUGCCAUGCAGGAGGAACUGAGGUUGGCCAAUGAUCAGGUGCGCUCUCUGGACACAGAGAUUGAGGGCUACAAAAAGUCCAUCACACAGGAAGAAGAGCAGAAUGAGCGUCUCACUCUGCGUCUGAACCGGGCCCAAAAUGACUGCACCACCUCACGUAAACUUAUCGCACAUUCCCAGAACCAUCAGGAGGUCUUGCAGGCCCAGUAUAGCACAUAUAUACGAAUGUUGCAGGAGACAGAAAAGACCCUCAGCACACUGCGUGAGGACCACAAGGUGCUUCAGUCUGAGCUCAAGGGUCUUAGAAAGCAGAUGGAGAAAGAGUCUGCAGUGCGUGUGGAUCUGGAAGACCAGAUCAUGAACAAGCUGCAAGAGCAACUUACUCACAAUAAUGCAGCAAAGUACUCACGUCGACUGACCGAUAAAACUGCAGCGCACAGGAGAGAAAAGGAGGCUCAGUUAACUAAGUUAGAGAAUGACAUCAAUGCAGUAAUGCUGGAGGGGCAAGAGGCGGCGACACAUCUGGAUUCUCUGGCUGCAUUUCAAGAUGAGCUUGAACAAGAAAUGAGCCAGCGUCACUUGCUCCUGUCUUCUCGCGAGGCAGAGAUGGCUAAACAAGUCACUGAUAUUGAGCGAAGACAGGCCACAAUCAGCAUCUACAACAAGAAGAUCAAGGAUAUUGUGUCCAGUACUGGGCAUGAAGACCUAGGUCCUCUGGAGAUCCAUGCAGCCACCCUGUCUAAGAAGCUGGAAGAAGUUGGUGCUGAGAUUAAAGAGCAGCAGCAGUUGUGGCUCUGGCAGCAGGGGGAGCUAGUGAGAUUCACUCAGGAAAAACAGGCCCACAGCUCUUCUGUACAGACCCUACAAACACAACUUACAAUACUGCAACAGAGCAAGAUCAGGAGAGAGAGUGAGAUGGAGCAGGAUCAGCGUGAGCAGGCAGAUCUGGAAAAACAGAUUAAAGCUCUCAUGGCAGACAUGGUCAAACUGAACUCCCUGCUCAGUAAGAACAGUGAUCUGAAUCAAGCCCUGCAGCAGAGCAACAGUCUGAUGGAGACAGAGUUCAGACAGAGACUCAAGGAGGCCGAGAGGGAUUCGGUUGAAACUCAGUUGAAGCUGGAGAGGUUAAAUGAAGAGAAAGAGAGACUUAUAAACAGCCUAGUGGAGGCAGAGCGUCAGAUCAUGCUGUGGGAGAAGAGAACUCAGCUGAUGCGAGAGACUCGCUCUGCCAUAGAUUCAGACACUGGACAGGGAGACAUACGAACCAUGAGAGCAGAGAUUCACCGCAUGGAGGUUCGUUAUGCUCAACUGAUGAAGCAGCAGGAGAGGUUGUUGAGAGACAUGGAGUCAGUGGUGGCCAGACGUGAGACAAUAGCUGUUCGGAGUGAGGCUCAGGCACGUUCUGACCAUAAACAACCCACACACAAUGACUAUCACAACACUCUCCAGAGCCUCCGCAGAAAGAUUCUCCAAGCAAAGAAGCAAGCAGAAGAAUGUGAUGGUGUUAUAGCUCAACUUGAGGAGAGGCAGGGCUCUAUGACCUCCAGCCUCCGAGACAAACGUAUGCAUCUCAAUGACCUGCAGAAUACCAGAGCGGUUCUCACCCAGGACCUCAGCACACUACAAGAAACCAAAGAGAGAAACUUGUCUCGUCUGCCCGUGCUGCAGGGUCGGGCGAAACACUUGCAGGCUGUUAAGGAGGGACAGUAUGCUCCGGUGACCAGUGGAGACACGGCAUUGGAGCUGGCUACACAGAAACAGGAAGAGCGAUUGAAAAUGAUCAGCUCCAUUCUCCAGCAUUUGGCUGAAGAAGAGUACUCUCAGCAUCACAGCGCCCUCCACAGGAUCAACCUCACAAUGGCAGAACACCUACACAGUGGAUUUCAGGACAGCCAGUGACCACAGAAAUAUGUAUUGCAUAAAAUAAAAGUAAUGUAUGUACAUACAUGUUUGGCAGUUGUUGGCCUGGUCAGUAUGAGGUCUGUUUUAUUAUGACAAAUGUAGAGAAGGUCAGAGAUACGGAUACUGAAUGUCUGUUAUUGU